GCAAUUUUCAGCUAUCGUUGUGUUCAUCGAAAGAGUCUCCACUGUCCUCUGUCCUUGCUGAUAUAGAAUUACAAUGUCCGGAAGGUUGGAGCCGCCUGGGCCAAAAAUGCUUUAAAACGUAUCACGUCGAAAAAAGCUGGUCACAAUCGUUGCAUACAUGCGCAAGGUUUCUUAUAGAAACGAAUUUGUUUUUUCUGUGCUAUGAGUUCAAAUUAACGUCUAUGCCUUCAAGAUAUGGCGCUCACCUGAUUCGAAUAGAAACAGCUCGUGAAAACAAAUUUGCUGCCAUGCUUCUUACCAGACCAGGCCGAAGUACGCAGAAUCAAGCAUGGAUAGGUCUUGCUUCCAAACAACAAGGCGAUGAUGUCGGCUUCGUCUGGGGUGAUGGCACAGCUGCAAGUAGAUAUAUUGGCUUUUGGAAAGAAUCCCAUCCUGAUCAUAAAUCUGGAAGCUGCGCUAUGGUAGGCCCAUUAAUAUAUGGAGCAACAGUUUCAAGGACAGAAUUGGAGUGGAGCCUAGAACGAUGCAAUAUCCUACGGCCAUUUAUCUGCGAAAUGUCUGCUUGCAUGAAAGGAUCUUUCUUCUGCGCCUCCGGCGGUUGUGUGCCAGAUUCGCGACGCUGCAACGGGGUAGAUGAUUGCGGCGAUUUCAGCGAUGAACUGAAUUGUCCGGCAUCACAUGCUGAUAUAGCAUGUUUGGAAUAUGAGAAAGGAGAGUCUGGAAAAUUCUCAACCCCAAACUAUCCGUCAACCUAUAGAGGAAAUUCAAAUUGUCGCUGGGUGAUUGAAGCACCGAUCAACAACAGAAUUCAGCUAACCUUUGAUUAUUUCGAAACCGAAGAAUUUGUUGAUAUCGUAACUGUGUUGGAUGGAGGCCCAGCAGAAAAUAGUACGACAGUGCUAGCAACGCUUUCUGGGGCGAAAAGCGAGAAAUUUGAGAUGAUGUCAUCUACAAAUAUGAUUAUCGUUCGAUUCAGAAGUGAUGCUGCUGUUCAGGCGCGGGGUUUUCAAGCACAUUGGAGAGCCGCUCCCAAACAACAGCUGAUCACCCUGAGUGUUGAGGAUGUUUCACUUGCUUCCGAUGACGUCCUACUGGUUUACGACGGCUCAUCACCCUCGUCGGCUGUGUUGGCUAGGUAG